AUGAACAUCAUACAGGUUGCCGCUGCGGGUAAAGACGGCUAUUCUACGAACAGGGGAAGGAUAGAUGUUAGAAGUGCAAGAGGGGUCUCAAAGACCUGUGAGAAACAAACGAUACAUGUGCAGCCGACAUCCCAAUUGUUUCAGUCCGAAGAGGCGUCAGACGCAUCAUCAGAAAUAUCGAAGAAAAACAGAGAGCGAGUCACUAUCAACAUCGCUGGGACCAAAUUUGUUACGACGUGGGGGUCCUUGGCUAAACUUCCCAAUUCUCGCUUAGGUAGACUGACAGUGGACGACAUAGAUUCUGGAGAAAAUGACAUCUUUUUCGAGAGAAACCCGACCCUUUUCCCGUACAUUCUCGCUCUCUACUCCACCGGUCAGUUUUCUUUCCCGCACAAUUUCUGCGGGGCAAGCAUAGUGAACGAGAUGGAAUUCUGGGAAAUUUCAAGGUGUGCGCUGUCCCCCUGUUGUAAAGAGAUUCUGCUGGAACAAGAGACGCAGCAGGAAGAAAACGAAGCAAUUGCUAAACAGUUUAGCCAACUGAACUUGGCAGAAAUGGCGCCUGAUGACAAAAGUUGUGGUUGGAGAGUAAAACUUGGACGUUUCUUAGAUGACCCUAAGUCAUCGAACGGGGCUAAGGUGUGGAUGUUUGUCUACUUAUUUGUCACCAUAGUUUAUUACGCUGCAGACGCCGUCAGCACCGUGAAAUCAUUCCGGACGCCAAUGAGCAACGGGUCUCUCAUCACCGCUAACCUGAGCGAUAAGGAAAGGCUUUACAUAACCACGCGAGAACAUGGCGUUACCGAAUGUAUCCGUUACAUCACCACCAUCUAUUAUACGCUAGAUAUUAUACUGAGGAUGCUUGCUGCACGGAGCUUCAAGCUUUAUUUCAGAUCCGUGCUGAAUAUAAUUGAUUUAAUUUGGGUGUUGACAACCUGGUCUUUAUUUGCUUCGUACAUGAUAAUGGGCAGCCAGUUACCACAUUUGUCGUUCCUGGAGUUUAAAAUUCUGUAUUUCAUGUCCUACGCCAGUCUGGCCCUGCGCAUAUUCCGUAUCUACCGUUUCAGUCUACAGUACACUCCACUCAAAAUUUUGGUCCUCACUCUGAAAGGAAGCAGCACCGAGAUAUGCAUCCUGCUUCUGUUGCUAUGCGGGGGUACCAUGGUUUUCGGUUCUCUGAUUUACAUAUCGGAGAUAAGCAACGACGAUUCGUUCAUGGACAAUGCUCUGAUUGGCUAUUGGUGGGCCGUGGUUACCAUGACGACCGUCGGCUAUGGCGACACCUAUCCUAAAGACGCGGCAGGCUAUCUCGUCGGUAUCGUCUGCGUGAUCGUCGGUGUGGGAUUCAUAGGUCUCCCCAUGUCAGUGAUCAGCGCCAACUACAGUAAAUAUCGCUCCUUCGCUUGCACACUGGAAGCCAGGAACAGAUGCAAACUGAAAUAUCUGAAAAUGGCGCCAACGAUCCCCUCCACCGAUUCACGCAAGCUGCCGAAGAGCUUUAAAAUGUCAGAAAAAUAA